AAAUGGCGCAAUAAGUAUGCGCGACACGUGUUGAAUUGAAGACGACAAAACUAAAACUGAUAAAAAAAUGGCGGUCUAUACAGGAAAGCGGAAAAUGGGCUGGCUCAGACAUGUGCUAACAAUUCUCAGCGUAAUCAUAUUUUUUCUUGGAUGCAUAAUAAUUGGAUAUAUGGCCUGGGUUCUAGCUACUUCAGUUACUGUCUCACGGUUCAUUGAUGGAACAAUGGCUUGGUCAUAUGUCGUGAUAACUGUAGGAUUCAGUUUAUUUUUCUCCGGGCUCCUUGGUUGGGUUGGAGCUGCUAGUGAAUCCCCAUGCUUAAUUAGAAUGUUCCUUUGCCUGAUAGUUGUAACACUUCUCUCUGAGAUAGCUGGGAUCAUUUCUCUCAAAGUUCUGGAUAUCACGUUUGAGAAUGUACUAGAGGAGGGAUGGAGUGAAGUGAACCAAGGAACAAGAAACCUCGUCCAACAUCAUGUAAGAGAUCUAUUUAUUUACUUUUUAGGAUUUUGUGCCAUAACGAAUUAA